UUCUACCAAAUAUUAGCAUAAACAAAUAAACAAUGGUUGCCGAACAGAGCUUUUAAACAAAAGUUGGGAGAAGCUUGGGUUUUUCCGAUGGAAUUUGAGAGAUGCAUGGAAAAAACACCCUCUUAGUUCUUUUUGAUGGUGCAUUCACAUGGCUCCUCAAAAGCAGGCCGCAGGAGCUUUGUGAAUUUACAAAUUUAUUUUACCAAAAGAAGAGAAAGCAGACGAUGCUGGAUGCUGUGUUUAAGCACCAUUCACGACCAGAUCUGCUCAACACCAGAUUGCAGAAUUAGGGCUCUCUGUGCACUUCUUCGAUUAGGAGAUUAAAGUCAAGUUUAGCGGGGUAAAUAGUAAAUUGAGACCGACUUCUCUUGCGAGAGUCAGCUAAUGGCUACUGCAAGUUGUGAAGGUGAAGGAGGUUGUACGGAGAGUGAGAAUAUGAUAGGAACGUUGGGUAAUCUUCCAGACCCAGUUGUGCAUCACAUUGUUUCUUUUCUUGCUAUCACUGAUCUCACUCGUUUUGGCUGUGUGUCCAAAAAGUGUAGAGAACUUUAUCUAUCAGGUCCAUCCUUGAAUUUUGAUGAAUUUUCCUUGGCUAAUACAUCCUCAUGUUAUGAAAGGAUGAAGUUGUUGAGGUCUUUGGAUAAGUUCUUGAUUCAUCGUGGGGAGAAUAAGUUGCACAAAUUUCGUAUUCGGUGGGUUCCCCUUGAGUACUUUGACCAUGAAACACCAUGCUUUUGUGGUUGUAAUGAGAAGUCUCGAACGAUGGCGUGGUUACACUAUGCAGUAAGGUGUAAUGUGGAAGUGCUUGAUCUUGAGAUCUCUAUAUUUGAGGAUGAAACACCAUUAGCAUUUCCAUGUUGCAUCUUUCUGUGUGAAUCUUUGAGGUCUCUAUCGGUGGAUAUGAAUUGUAAGAUUCAAAUACCCUCCUUCACUUUCUUCUCUAAUCUCACGUACUUGGAGCUGACAAACGUUGAAAUAGAGGAAGAAUCAUUUUUCAAAUGGAUCUCACAAUCCUGCAAAUGCAUUGAGGUAUUGAAUCUUGAGGAUGUUCAUGGGCUAAAAAAUAUCAACAUUGAAAGCUCGUCUUUGAAAUCAUUAUAUUUUGAGUAUACUUUCAAUCAGACUAGCAUCUGUCAUCUUAAUAUAUCAGGUGAGAAACUUAACAACAUAACUAUUGUCUGGGGAUUUGAUUCACCUAGCAACAAAUCGUUUAAUGUUUCUGCUCCAAACCUUAAAAGCUUCUAUUGGGUGGGGAAUUUGAUGAUUCACUCAUAUAUGAGAGAGCUGGUAGGCUUAGAAGAAGUUGGGUUUUAUCUAGAGCCUGAAGAAGAUGAGAUUGACCAUGUCCUAGAUGAUAUCGGCACUUCACACAAGCGUAGCUUUCUUGUUAUAAAGGAAGAUGCCAUGAAGGAACUAUACAAGAGAGGAAUUUCGCCAACUUCGUUUGGUAAUAUUUGUUAUUUGCGUAUGCAUAUUGGGAGCUUCGUCAGUGACUUAGUCCCAUCAAUGGUGUUUCUUUUCGGAGCAAUGACAAAUCUGAGUACUUUAUACAUCAAGUCUACUCCGCCUUUAUACGACUUCGGAUCUAAUACAUCUGGUUUCAACAUGGGAUACUGGGAGCAGCAAAACCUUGGUUUCAUUUAUAAGCUUAAAGAGGUUACGAUCGAGCUUUCCAACGGAUCUAAUGGAAUGGAGUUAGCAAGAUAUAUUCUCGAGCAUGCUCAGUAUUUGGAGAAGAUGGUCGUAGUUUAUCUACCCCACCAGUGUGAUAUUGUUAAAAGGAUGUUAGAUAGAAGCAAGAUGAUUUCUAGUGGCAUAGUUGUCUUCAAAGAAAAUCGAUGUAAAAGAAAGCUGGUCUGAUAUAUUUCAUAUCAGAACCUUAAUAAAUGUUGAUGGAUCCAUUUUGGACUGGA